GAUUACUCUUAUGACAUCACUAACUUAAGUAAUAUGUUUGAGUGAAUCAGGGUAGUCGAUACGUUGUUGACAGGCGUCACUCUUAUCUUGAUAGUUUGAUGGCCGUGAUAUCGUUCGUAUCAGGUUCGCAUUACUAUAUAGAUCAAUUGUGCUUGCAAUAAUCGUGAACAAGUUUUAACGAAACGAACCAUGUGCGACAAUGUGAACAACAAUCCAUUCGCUGGAUUGUUUUCAACCAUCAACGAUGCCGUGUCAUUCUCGUCUCAAAGUCAGAUGAUUAUCAACGAAAAUAAUGGAAUUAAUUAUGUUACGGAACUUGAGAAUAUAAAUGUUCCCGGUACGACGAAAUCCACAAAUUUUCAAGAUUUUAAAGAUUCGAAAACUGAUAGUCAGGUUAACUAUCUUCUCGCUGACAUAUUUGGAAUAACAUUGCACGCAACAGAAGUAAACGAACACCAGAAACAUAAAUUGGUACAUGUUAACGUUGACUCGAUCGAACAAGCAGUUUUCGAGCGAUUAAUGCUUCCCGAUAUCGAGUCGAAAUUGGUCCCCAUAGAAAAUUCACAGCAUAUACCUUGCGAUUCUCAUACGUUAAAGAAACAGGUGAUAUCUUAUUUAUUCGAAAGCUAUUGUCGAUUGCAACGAUACAAGAACAAAUUAGAAUUGUCCGAUAUUCUCGACGAGAUGCGUCGCGUCAUCCUACAAAAUGCAGCUGUCGCAUUGCAGGAGCCGGAUCUAUUUGAAGGACAAGAAGUUCACAAUCAGUUUAUCGCGUUAUGCGCGGACGAAGAUGGUCUGAAACCAGAACUCGUAUCGUUUACUAAUGAUAUCGUAAACGAAUUGCAAUUAGAAAACAGUGAUAACGCUGCAGCGACGAUUGCUGUAUCUUUUAGUCCUAUUCUCGAUAUAAUUUACAAAGAUGUAACGCAAAGUAAUUUAGUUUUCUUAAAUCAACAUUGGUUUACUAUAUUAAAUCUUUUCGCUUUAAACGAAUCUUUAGCUGAAUUAUUAAUACGUCAUAGUACUCCUAAAAGCAAUCAAGGUCAAGCUUACGCGAAUACAUUAUUAGGUGCAAUCCUUAGUUUAAGUUGUUUGCCAAAAACGAUAGAAGAACCAUUUUAUUUUUUUGAAAAGCCAUUCCAACAGUCCAAUUCUAAUAUCGAAGGUAACAUUUGGACAGCCCUGGAUGCAUUAAGCGAAUCAUUGCAAAAAAUUUUCCACUUGUUAUUAAAGUGCUCGGCGGAAGUUCGUCAUUUGACCCUACAGUGGAUAGGAAAUUGUCUUCAUUCGAAUGCGAGUAGGGGGAAAAUUUGGAACUCGCAGAAUAACGUAGGUUUUAGUGCUAUGUUGUGCGUUUCCGAUGGUUUUAUGUUAAAUCUUGGAAAUGUGCUUCUGCGUCUUUGUCAGCCAUUUUGCAUUAAAUUAAAGGAGUCGAAAGUACCUAAAAUAGAUCCAACGUAUUGCGCAGCAGAGACCAGCGUUGAGAAUGAAUGUCUAAAUCGUGCUGUUCAUUUAAAAGGAAUGUCUUCAGAAACUUGUUUAAUACCAAUAUCGGAACACGAUGCUAGACCAGUUGCAAAAACGUUCGGAUUUACUACCGAAUGUUUUUUUUUAACUCACAGAGCUCUGGACCUUGGUUACAGAGUAGUAUCGGAGAAGUUUUUAAGAACUAGUCAAGAUUUGUCGAGAGUGUAUCAGGAUGCGCAAAGCGGUGGUAAUCCGGAAGUAUUAGAAAUGGUAGCUCAGCGCAUGGAGGCAGAAAUGACCAAGUAUCUAUCCUUAAGAGCAAGUCUUUUAGCACCGGAAAUGUUGGAACUCUUGGCAAAGUUUCAUGCGACAACAGCGUUCUGGUUAGUGCAGGUGUACUUAAACGAUGUACAAGUUAGCGAAGGCGAACAGACCGAUUACGUUCCAAAAGAAUAUAAACCAGUAACGUUUCCUUUGCCAGAAACCGUUCCGGAUACUCUCAGAUGCAUUCCUGAAUUUGUCGUGGAAAAUACUAUUAGGUUUUUGUGUUUUUUACGUCGGUUCAAUUCAAAUGUUUUCGAAGAACAAGGGUCGUUUUUCCUAACGCCAGUGUUAACAGAGAUUAUUGUGUUGAUGGAGUCUCAACAACGUUUAUACAAUCCUCAUUUACGAGCCCGUCUGGCGGAAGGUUUAGAGGCCCUUUUACCUACAACAGAUGAUAUCUUGAGCCGUAGAAAAUCGAGUUUAGGAACAUUCCAUAGAGAACAAUUAUUUAUGACACACCCGUGUAGACAGCAUAUUGUUGCCAGCUUACUUAAAGUAUUUGUAAGCAUUGAAAUGACAGGACAAAGCGUUCAAUUUGAACAAAAAUUUAAUUAUCGACGGCCAAUGUACGUUGUCAUGGAAUAUUUGUGGAAACUUCCAGAACGUCGUAAUAACUUUAUUACUCUAGCCGAAGAGGCAGAGGCUAAUAUGGAAGCAGCUCAACCACCGCUAUUUCUGCGUUUUAUAAAUCUUUUAAUGAACGAUGCAGUUUUCUUGUUAGACGAGGCACUUUCGAACAUGGCACAAUUGAGACAAUUACUUCAAGCAAGGGAAAGCGGAGAAUGGAAUAAAUUACCGCAACACGAGCGUGAUCAACAAGCUCAUUAUCUGUUACAUCUUGGAAUGAUUGCACGAUUUGACAAUAUAUUAGGUAGAAAAACUAUACGAACGCUAAAAAUGUUAACGACAGACAUCAAAUCUAUCUUUUGCCAUCCGACAAUGGUUGAUCGCAUUGCUUCGAUGCUCAAUUAUUUGUUGUUACAAUUGGUUGGGCCAAAUAAGAAGAAUUUAAAGGUGAACGAUCAAAACGAAUAUGCAUUCAAUCCAGCAAAUUUAGUAUUAAAUAUAUGCGAAAUUUAUAUAAACCUUAGUCAAAUUGAAUCCUUUACGCUCGCCGUUUCUCAAGACGGUCGGUCAUACAGUCCUGAACUUUUCCGGCUAGCCGAUAAUGUUCUCGUUCGGAUCGGAGGUGUGGGUAUAUUGGGAGAUUUGGAUGAAUUCGCAAAAAAUGUAGAAGCGGCUGCAACUCACAAGAGAGAGGAAGAUGAAAUUUUAGUCGAUGCUCCCGAGGAGUUUCUGGAUCCUAUUAUGUCUACUUUGAUGAUGGAUCCUGUAAUUCUUCCAUCUUCUAAAAUAACUAUCGAUCGUCAAACCAUUGCGAGGCAUCUGCUAAGCGAUCAAACUGAUCCGUUUAAUCGAUCUCCUCUCACUAUGGAUAUGGUAAAGUCCGACGUUGAACUUCAACAUAGGAUACAGGAGUGGGUAGAACAAAAGAAACAAGAAAGGACAAAAAGUUGUCAGUGAUCAGUGAUUGGUGAUCGGUGAAAUGAUUGUAUAUUUGUCAGGUUUCAGAGUUUCGAAGAACAAGAUAGGAAUGGUAAACCCUUAAGGUUUCGUAUACAUAUAACAAAGGUAACAAAGCGUAAUCUAUGGCGAAUUCACCAUACGUCUACGUUUUUAAAUUAAAUUUUUUGAUUUCUGAUUUACGACGUACAAGGACAUAUAUUUUUCUAUACAAAUUAUCGUUAUAGAUAUGUACAAAUACCAAUUUUGUCCUAUAAUUAGAGUGUCAUUCUGUAGAACUUUGAAUAUCGCAUUUUGUGCAAAGAAAA